AUGGAGACGCAGAAUUCGUCGUCGGAGCUUCCAGCGGAGGCUGGCGGGCCACCAGCCUCCGCAGGAAGCGCCAUUCCCGCCGCGGUCAUUGACGCCUCGCUCGCUCUCUGUCUGAGCGACAUCGACGGAGAAGACUUUGAUUCCAUGGUGGCGCUCUAUGGGAAGGAAGACGAGCAGCGGGAAGUCAUCAUCAAGAAAUCCAGAGACAUCUUGAAGCUCUCGAAGCAGGCAAUUUUCGCACUCCACCGGCGGGACGUCGAGCAAGCCCGCCGCAACUUGACUCAGUGCCAAAGCUUCAUCGCGGAGGUGCUCCCAAUCACUGAAGAGUUCCCCGUUCUUCGCUUUGUCGGCAUUUUUGUUGGCGCGCUCGAGGAAAUGGCGGAGGCGCAGAUUUUCCUGUCUUUCCUGACUGAACACCGCCUGCCGCGCUUCGAGUCGCUCCACCCUCUGCGCGUCGAGGAGUACCUCGGCGGCCUCAUGGACUUCACGGGCGAACUGAAUCGCUAUGCAGUUCUACGUGCAACAGAGCAGGACCUGGCGAGCGUAAGUCUGUGCAAGGACUUUGUGAAUAGGAUUCACGAGAAGAUGCUGCUGUUGGAUCUGCGGAACUCGCCGCUGAGGCGCAAGUACGACACGCUCAAGUACACAGAGAAGAAGCUUGAGGCGUUGUGCUACGAGCUGAAAAUGGGAGAGAUCUUGCAAGGCAUGUUCCUCGCUUCGGCGCGAAUGGAGCCUGAGCCCAUAGUAACGAAAGGCGAGCAGGAAGAGGGCGAAGAAAAGAAAUAA